UUGCGGGGUAGAGACACACAGGCGCACCACUUCCAGCGCAGCAACGCCAACAAGAGGGAGGGAGAGAAGGAGAGAAAUUGAUAAAUAAAAAAACACCAAAGCUCCAUCGCGGGGUUAUUACGGCGCCAUCGUCGAGCAACCGAGUGUCGUUCCACCCCACCACCACCAAGACCAAGAUACCUAGAAAGGGACCGUCUGCCCUCUCCCUCCUUCUCCCCCCCCCAAAACGUCAUAAGUGUGAACCACUGCCCUUCUUCUGCUGUCUACGCACCCUUCUCUCUUUUCUCUCUUCUCUCCCUUCUUCUCUUGUUGUCGACCGGCCUUCCCAUAUCCUUAUUCCAUUCCAGCAUCUAGAUACCCAAAGGAGAAGCUUGACAAGACAAGAAGCUCUCAGUCAACUCCUUCGUCGACUCCCACUCUACCUCUACUCAAAGAUCAAAAAAAGACGUCCCACCCAUCGCCCAUCAUGGCCGGCCCCGUUCCCACCACGUCCUCGCUCGCCGACAUCUACACCGAAGAUGCCCUCCCCGUCCAGACGAAGCGCUGGUCCUCGCUGCUGUCGCAGUUCGAGGCCGAGUACGGCCACCCCGCCGCCGUCGUCGCCCGCUCCCCGGGCCGCGUGAACAUCAUCGGCGAGCACAUUGACUACUCGCUCUACUCGGUCCUGCCCAUGGCCAUCACCGCCGACGCCAUCCUCGCCUUCUCCGUCACCGACACCCCGGCCGACUCCGACACCUUCACCCUGCGAGUCGCCAACGCCCAGUCCGACAAGUACCCGGCGCGCACCUUCGAGGUGCCCAUCGCCGGCGACGUGCCCAUCGACGCCAAGGUCCACGAGUGGUCCAACUACUUCAAGAGCGGCCUGCGCGGCGCCCUCGGCCUGCUGCGCCGCAAGCACGGCGCCGCCUUCCGGCCCAAGGGCAUGGAGAUCCUCAUGGACGGCAACGUCCCCGUCGGCGGCGGCCUCAGCUCCAGCGCCGCCUUCGUGAGCGCCUCCGCCCUGGCCGUCAUGCUGGCCAACGGCGAGCAGACGGUCGACAAGACCGAGCUGACGGAGCUGGCCAUUGUCAGCGAGCGCGCCGUCGGUGUCAACUCUGGAGGCAUGGACCAGUCCGCCUCCGUCUUCUCCCAGCGCGGCUCGGCCCUCUUCGUCUCCUUCGUCCCCUCCCUGACCGCCCGCCCCGUCUUCUUCCCGACCACGAACCCGGAGCUCUCGUUCCUCAUCGCCCAGUCCUUCGUCACCUCCAACAAGCAGGUCACCGGCCCCAUCCACUACAACCUCCGCGUCGUCGAGUGCAGCAUGGCCGGCGCCUACCUCAACGCCGCCCUCAACCCGCGCGGCACCGAGCUGCCCAAGGACGCCUCGCCGCUCGGCAUCUCCCUGCACGGCUUCCACGACGCCUACUUCGCCCACAACAAGCAGCCCCAGCACGACGGCGCCUCCCGCGAGGAGGCCGCCGAGGCCCAGCUCCGCGAGCUCAUCGCCGUCACCAAGGACACUCUCACCAACCCCGAGGGCUACACCCGCGAGGAGAUCGCCGACGUCCUCGGCGUCUCGCCCGCCGAGCUCGAGCAGAUCUUCAUGUCCAAGCUCUCGGUGCGCGCCGACCGCUUCAAGCUGCGCCAGCGCGCCCUGCACGUCUUCGAGGAGGCCCUGCGCGUGCUGCAGUUCAUGAAGGUCCUCGAGCAGGAGGCCCCGGCCCCGGCCUCGGACGGCGGCGCCGCCGCCGACACGACCGCCUACAACCAGCGCCUCGGCGCCGUGCUCAACGCCACCCAGGACUCGUGCCGCGACCUGUACGAGUGCAGCGCCCCCGAGAUCGACGAGCUGUGCCGCAUCGCGCGCGACAACGGCUCCUACGGCAGCCGGCUCACCGGCGCCGGCUGGGGCGGCUGCACCGUCCACAUGGUGCCCGCCGACAAGGUCGCCGCCGUCACGGAGGCCUGGGAGAGGGAGUACUACUCCAAGCGCGAGCUCACCGCGGAGCAGAGGGAGGGCGCCGUCGUCGUGAGCCGGCCGGGCAGCGGCAGUGCGGCGUAUCUGCUCAAGGACGGCGGUUUGUAAGGGAAAGAAAGGACGGGGGAGUGGUUGGUGUCUGUAGAGGCUGUUUCGAUGGGUAUGCAUGUGGUGUGGUUUAAGCAGGGAUGCGACGUGAGGAUGUCUGAAUUAAAAAGCGUUUCAUGGUUUCAAAGAGCGUCGCAUGGAGUCGGUUCUACGUGGGCUAUAUAAGCUACCCCUGAAUUACCUCUGGAAUAUCUCUUGUGUGUGUGUGUGUGUGU